AUGUCUAAAGUCUCAAUAGCUAUCAUUGGUCUCAACGGAUUCAUUGGAAAGCAUGUUCUCAACGCUAUCAACUCUGGUGUGUUUGACUCCAAGAUCCAAUUCCCCGUCAAAGCAAUCACAAGAAAGGAAGGAUCUCAAUCAACAGACAAGAUCAAAUACAUCGUAUCUCCAGAGACUUCACCCGAUGAUGCUAAUUUGAUUGAUUCACUUAAAGGGGUUGAUGCAAUUGUCGAAUUGACGGGUCCUAAUCCAGAAUUAUUUUCCAAGAUUGAAAAGAUUGUUGAAAAAGUGAAACCCAAAUUGUUCAUUCCAUCACAAUUUGGUGUCGACAUAGCUCAGGUCAACUCCUAUGCACCUGGAUUUUUAGCUUUGAAAACUCAACACUCUCAAGCUGUUCGUAAAUUGGGAAUCAAGGUUGUUGAUAUAAUAACCGCCUUUUUUGCCGUUCCUGGAUCAUUUCUUUACGAACAAGCAGGUGGAGUUGGUAUUACAGAAAAAGGGGUAAACUUGAUUGGUGACAUUGAUCAGAAAUUCCAUGUUUCCAAAUUAGAAGAUGUAGGUAACGUGGUUUUAGCAGUCGCUACUCAUCAACCAUACUCAGACUUGCCUGAUACUAUCCAUGUUGCUAGUGAAGUGAUCACCGUCAAGGAUGUUAUUGACAGGUAUGAAAAAUCCAAAGGUAUCAAGUUGGAUAUUAUUUCCAAGAAGUCUGCUGAAGAGGGUAAGAAAGAAUUUGUUGAUAAAUUAAACGCUGGAUUCAAUCCAAAAGAUUUCUUGUUCUACUUGCAGGUGAUUGUUGCCCAAGGAUUAGAUAAGGGGACGUAUUUCAGCAAAUUGGAUAAUGAGUUGGUUAACCCAAACGAGUCAUUAUGGAAUUGGGGUAAGUUUUAG